GCCCCCCAGCAUCAGCCCCUCAGGGGGACCUGUUGUUCCUGCUGGACAGCUCAGCCAGCGUUUCACACUACGAGUUCUCCCGGGUCCGAGAGUUUGUGGGGCAGCUGGUGGCUCCCCUGCCCCUGGGCGCUGGGGCCCUGCGUGCCAGCCUGGUGCACGUGGGAAGCCAGCCACACUCUGAGUUCCCCUUCGACCGGCACAGCUCAGGACAGGCUGUGCAGGACGCCAUUCGUGCCUCAGCCCAGCGAAUGGGUGACACCAACACUGGCCUGGCACUGGCAUUCGCCAAGGAGCAGCUCUUUGCUGAGGCUGCAGGUGCCCGGCCAGGGGUGCCCAAGGUACUGGUAUGGGUGACAGACGGGGGCUCCAGCGACCCCGUGGGCCCCCCCAUGCAGGACCUCAAGGACCUGGGCGUCACUGUCUUCAUCGUCAGCACUGGCAGGGGCAACCUGCUGGAACUGUCCGCUGCCGCCUCGGCCCCUGUGGAGAAGCACCUGCUCUUUGUGGAUGUGGAUGACCUGCACAUCAUCGCCCAGCAGCUUCGCAGCUCCAUCCUCGAUGCGAUGCAGCCGCAGCAGCUCCACGCCUCCGAGGUCACCCACAGCAGCGUCCGCCUGGCCUGGCCGGCGCUGCUGACCGCGGACUCGGGCUACUAUGUGCUGGAGCUGGCGCCCAGCGGCGAGUUGGGAGCCGCCCGACGGCAGCAGCUGCCCGGCGACGCCACGGGCUGGACCUGGGCGGGGCUCGAGCCGGACAAGGAAUACGAGGUGUCGCUGCUGCCCGAGUCCAACGUGCGCCUGCUGGCGCCGCAGCGCGUGCGGGUGCGCACGCUGCCAGGUGAGGCUGGGCCGGAGCGCAUCGUCAUCUCACACACCCGGCCGCGCAGCCUCCGCGUGAGCUGGGCCCCGGCGCUCGGCCCGGCCGCGGUGCUCGGCUACGUCGUGCAGCCCGCCCCCACGGUGCAAAGGGGGCCGCGCGCGGCCGGGGCCGCUGGAGUCCGCCGCGCAGAGCGGGCCCGAAGGGGACGAGAAGCUGGCGCCGGCCGGGGCCCCGAAGGCUUCCUGAAGGAAAGGAAGGGCAGGGGCUUCACGGGACCCAGCUGCCUGGAGACUGGCGGCCCCUGGGUGCCGCGGAUGGAACCGGAGCCUGGCGUCCGCGACCUUGGGGACAGGAGCGGCGCGCCCUGCUGCUGCCAGGCCCCGAGGCCAGCGCCCACAGGGUCACAGGCAGGUUGGGGGACGCGGUCGCUGCAGCCACCGCAGCACUGUCUGACCCCACGGGGUUGCGCUCACGGGUCACCGCUGCCGUCUGGGCAGGCCCUGUCUCGGGAUCACCUGCCGCCGCCCGGGCCAGCCUGCCUCUCCCCGCUGGCGACUCAGACUCCCAAACAGUAAACCAGAUGUAAGCCA